AUGUUAAUGAAUACUGCAAAAAAUUCGGCUUUGAUUUGCUUCUUUACAAGUGUUGAUUAUUUGUCUUGUGGUGUUACUCAUCACAGAAAGCUCUCUGCUCUUGCCAUUGCGCAAGCCUCACCCAUUACACAAAUCAAAACAUGCUCAAAAGAAAACGAACCUUUGAGCUUUGGCAACCACCCUAACCCCCAAGUUUCAUGCUUUCCUCUGAAGGGGUUUUCAAUAAUUACUGAAUUCGUUGUUGGGAAAGCACUGCACGCGUUUCUCGUGAAGGGUGUCCUUCGACUAGGCACAUUCCACACAAACACCUUGAUCAGCAUGUACUCUAAGUUUGGCUGCAUCAAACACGCGCAACACGUGUUUGAUAAAAUGCUUGACAGGAAUGAAGCUUCCUGGAACAACAUGAUGUCGGCGUUUGUUCGAGUGGGGUUGUACCAUGAAGCAAUGAAAUUCUUCUGCCUCAUCCUUGACCAUGGUGUCAGGCCAAGUAGUUAUGUGGCCGCUAGUUUGGUGACUGCCUGUGCUAGGUCGGGAUGCAUGGCUGACAGCGCACUUCAGGUUCAUUCCCAUUUGAUCAAAUGUGGUUUGGUGUGUGACGCGUUUGUUGGCACGAGUUUGCUGCACUUCUAUGGUACGUGUGGUCGUGUUUCUGAGGUUGACAAACUCUUCAAGGAGAUUGACGAACCUAAUAUAGUGUCAUGGACUGCUUUGAUGGUUGGGUAUGCAUAUAACGGGUGUGUAGAGGAGGUUCUGAGUGUUUAUCGGCGUUUUAGACAUGAUGGAGUGUACUGUAAUGAAAAUGCAAUGGCUACCGUUAUUAGGUCUUGUGGGGUGCUUGGAGAUAAAAUGUUGGGUUAUCAGAUGCUUGGUAGUGUGAUAAAAUCUGGACUGGAUACUACUGUGUCCGUCGCAAACUCCCUUGUUUCUAUGUUUGGUAAUUGUGAUAGCAUAGAAGAGGCGUCUUGUGUGUUUGAUGGCAUGAAGGAACGUGACACUAUUUCAUGGAAUUCAAUAAUUACUGCAAGUGCACAUAAUGGUCAUUGUGAGGAAUCUCUAGAAUACUUUUCUCAGAUGCGGUAUACUCAUACAGAAACAGAUUAUAUUACUAUUUCAGCCUUGUUACCAGUCUGUGGCUCUGCUCAAAAUUUGGGGUGGGGAAGAGGGCUUCAUGGUAUGGUAGUAAAGUCUGGACUGGAAUCAAAUGUUUGUGUGUGCAAUAGUCUUCUAAGUAUGUAUUCUCAGGCUGGAAAAUCUGAGGAUGCAGAGUUUGUGUUUCAUAGAAUGCCAGAGAGAGAUUUAAUUUCAUGGAAUUCCAUGAUGGCAAGUCAUGUAGAGAAUGUAGAGUAUCCACGUGCUCUACAAAUUUUGGUUGAGAUGCUCCAAACAAGAAAGGCAACGAACUAUGUAACUUUCACUACUGCAUUAUCUGCCUGUAAUAGUUUAGAAAAAUUAAAGAUGGUUCAUGCCUUUGUGAUUCUUCUUGGUCUUCAUCACAAUUUGAUAAUAGGUAAUGCAUUGGUUACCAUGUAUGGGAAAUUUGGUUCGAUGGCUGAAGCACAAUGGGUGCGCAAAAUUAUGCCGGAGAAAGAUGAAGUAACUUGGAAUGCUCUAAUAGGUGGGUAUGCCGAUAACAAAGAACCUAAUGCAGCAAUUGAAGCCUUCAAUUUGAUGAGAGAAGAAGGUGUGUCUGUCAACUAUAUUACAAUUGUUAAUCUUCUCAGUGCUUGUUUUUCUCCAGAUAACCUUUUGGAACACGGAAUGCCCAUCCAUGCACAUAUACUUGUAGCAGGCUUUGAAUUAGAUACAUUUGUCCAAAGCUCCCUAAUUACAAUGUAUGCCCAAUGUGGUGAUCUUAAUACAAGUAACUAUAUUUUUUAUGUGUUAGCUAAUAAGAAUUCUAGUACUUGGAAUGCCAUUGUUUCGGCAAAUGCUCAUUAUGGACCUGGUGAGGAGGCACUAAAGCUUAUAGUAAAGAUGAGGAAUGAUGGCAUUCAUUUAGAUCAGUUUAGCUUCUCCGUAGCUCUUGCCAUUAUUGGUAACUUAACUUUACUGGAUGAAGGUCAGCAGCUUCAUAGCUUGAUUUUCAAACAGGGGUUUGAGUCAAAUAAUUAUGUGUUAAAUGCAACUAUGGAUAUGUAUGGAAAAUGUGGGGAAAUUGAUGAUGUAUUUAGAAUCCUUCCCCAACCAGGAAGCAGGUCACGGAGGUCUUGGAACAUAUUAAUAUCAGCAUUAGCCAGGCAUGGUUUUUUCCAACAGGCUAGGGAAGCGUUUCAUGAGAUGCUUGAUCUGGGACUGAAACCAGACCAUGUCACUUUUGUUUCACUUUUGUCUGCAUGCAGCCAUGGGGGUUUGGUGGACGAGGGCCUUGCAUACUUCUCUUCAAUGUCUACCGAAUUCAGUGUCCCCACUGCAAUAGAACAUUGUGUAUGCAUAAUUGACCUUCUUGGGCGAGCAGGAAGGCUUACUGAGGCUGAAAGUUUCAUUAAUAAAAUGCCGGUUCCACCAAAUCACCUUGUAUGGCGUAGCCUGUUGGCUUCAUGUAAAAUACAUGGCAAUUUGGAGCUUGCAAGGAAAGCUGCUAACCAUCUUUUCGAACUGGACUCAUCGGAUGAUUCAGCCUAUGUCCUUUAUUCAAAUGUCUGUGCAUCAACUAGAAGGUGGAGAGACGUGGAGAAUGUAAGAAAGCAAAUGGAAUCACACAACAUAAAGAAGAAACCUGCAUGUAGUUGGAUCAAGCUGAAAAACCAGGUUACUACUUUCGGAAUGGGCGACCAGUAUCAUCCACAAAAUGCACAAAUCUAUGCAAAGUUGGAAGAGCUCAAAAAGAUCAUUACAGAGGCAGGCUAUGUGCCUGAUACUAGCUAUUCAUUGCAAGAUACAGAUGAAGAACAAAAGGAGCAUAAUCUUUGGAACCAUAGCGAGAGAAUUGCCCUUGCAUUUGGGUUGAUCAAUAGCCCAGAAGGCUUACCCCUUAGAAUUUUUAAGAAUAUCCGUGUCUGUGGUGAUUGCCACUCUGUUUUCAAAAUGGUUAGUCAAAUAAUUGGCAGGAAAAUCAUACUAAGGGAUGCAUACCGGUUUCAUCAUUUCAGUAGCGGCAUGUGUUCCUGUUCAGAUUAUUGGUAG